GAGCACCCGAACCGAACCCCAUGGCCCUCGCGACGACGACCCCACUCGCCCUCGCGCCGCACUCCUCCCCGAUCUCCCAGUGCUCGCUCCUCCUGCUGCGCCCCCGCGCCCCCGCCCUCCCGCUGCUGCGCUCCGGCGCGCGCCUCCUCGUCGCUGUCGCGGCCAAGGAGCCCGAGCUCGGCGAAUCGGGAGGCGGAGGCGGAGGCGACGGCUCUGGGAGCGGCGGCGGCGGCGGCGGAGGGGGAGACAGUGAGCUGCCGCGGGGUGGGGGAGAGGAGGGGGAAGGGGAAGGGGAGGAGAAGAUGGGGCAGGGGCUGUCCAUGUCGCAGAAGCUCACCCUCGCCUACGCCGCGCUCGUCGGAGCUGGUGGUGCAAUGGGGUACAUGAAGAGUGGAAGCCAGAAGUCCUUAGCUGCAGGAGGCAUAUCAGCCCUGGUCCUGUACUUCGUUCACACUCAACUCCCAGUGAGACCCGUCUUUGCGUCAUCUAUCGGUUUAGGUAUAUCGGCCGCACUGCUGUCGGUUAUGGGAUCUCGCUUCAAGAAGUCCGGGAAGGUAUUCCCAGCUGGCGUCGUGUCUCUCGUCUCCUUGGUCAUGGUGGGUGGUUACUUCCAUGGGAUCUUGCGCAGCACGCAUGCAUGACGCAGCCAGUGGCGAUCACCACAUGCAAUGCAACUCCCUACCUAAGCUUCAUGUGUCCAUUCCCUUUUUCAUGUUUUGGAACCUGCAGCAACUGUGUGCCAUUUUCCUUCUUGACCAUGUACCUGUUCUGAGUGGUAGCUCACUUAUUUUCUGGUACAAUGUGAAGCAUGUGAGAUGCUAGAACGGGAAAAGAAAAUAAAAGGUUUGGAGAAUCUGUCUUGGAUCUUGAUUCAACA